AUGGUUGGGGACUCAACUUCACGUGCAUGCGUUUUCAUAGAUUCAAGCAAUCCAUCAAUUCCAGGUCAACUCAUAAAUUCUUCAACUCCAAUGAUUCGUCCUCCUUUCCCUCCUCGCAUAAAUCCACACGAUUUAAUUUCAUCUUCCAAGAAUAAUACUGGUAAUAAAAAAAUUCCUACGAGAGCUCCGAAUGCUUUCAUAAUUUAUCGCAAGAUAUUUAUCGAAACCGCUCGUUCUCAAGGUUAUUAUUUGCCAAUGACCGUCAUCUCUUCAAUGGCUUCUCAAUCUUGGGAAAAAGAGAAUGAUGUCGUUAAAUCCGAAUAUAAGCGUCUUGCUAAAGAAGCUUUUAACCUUCGUUGUGAAAUGUUACCAAAAUCUUUUACAUCAUCUCGCCGUAGAAAGCGAGAAAAGUGGAACAUCAUCUCCUUUGAGGAUAUCAGCAACGGUGAAGGUUACGUGAGUAAAAAAGGAAAUUCGAAUAUUCAAAAAGUUAUUCCUGUGAUAUCUCCUGAAAUAAAUCAUGAUAUCUCUCUGAAGGAGAGUUACAAUACUGCCCAAAGUUCUCUUUCAUCAUCAUCUAGUAGUAAAGAUCACGGGGAGCGCGAUUCCUAUGCCGAAUAUAAACCGCCAAUUUCUCCAAGCAAAAUCAGUAAAAUUCAAUUAUUGUUAAAUGAGUAA